UUCUUAAGUGGCCCUGAUAGUAAGUUGCAGUUUCCGAGCACAUGCAGAGGUCGGGCCAGCCUGCUGCUCGCUGCGUCCUGCCACUCCGUCGUACCUGCCCGGACCUCACCUUGUCACUGCCUGGGCGGCCUUCCACCGGUUGGAAAAUCAGAAAAGUUGGGUUCUAACACCAAAGAGGAGAUUUGACUUUCUGGGGUAGUUCCAAGACUCGGAAGUGCAAAGAAGAGACACUCUCAGAAAAGUAAACAUGACCAAAAGCAAUGGGGAAGAGCCCAGGAUGGGCGGCAGGAUGGAAAGAUUCCAGCAAGGAGUUCGCAAACGCACACUUUUGGCUAAGAAGAAAGUGCAGAACAUCACAAAGGAGGAUGUUAAAAGUUACCUGUUUCGGAACGCUUUUGUGCUGCUUACUGUCACCGCUGUCAUUGUGGGAACAAUCCUUGGAUUUGCCCUCCGACCAUACAGAAUGAGCUACCGGGAAGUCAAGUACUUCUCCUUUCCUGGGGAGCUUUUGAUGAGGAUGUUACAGAUGUUGGUCUUGCCGCUUAUCAUUUCCAGUCUUGUCACAGGAAUGGCGGCCCUAGAUAGUAAGGCAUCAGGGAAGAUGGGGAUGCGAGCUGUAGUCUAUUACAUGACUACCACCAUCAUUGCUGUGGUGAUUGGCAUAAUCAUUGUCAUCAUCAUCCAUCCUGGGAAGGGCACAAAGGAAAACAUGUACAGAGAAGGCAAAAUUGUCCAAGUGACUGCUGCAGAUGCCUUCCUCGACUUAAUCAGAAACAUGUUCCCUCCGAAUCUGGUGGAAGCUUGCUUUAAACAGUUUAAAACCAACUAUGAGAAGAGAAGCUUUAGAGUGCCCAUCCAGCCCAACGAGACUCUCGUGAGUGCCGUGAUAAACAAUGUGUCAGAGGCCAUGGAGACGCUCACGCGGAUCACAGAGGAGAUGGUUCCAGUUCCAGGAUCGGUGAAUGGGGUCAACGCCCUGGGACUAGUUGUCUUUUCCAUGUGCUUCGGUUUUGUGAUUGGAAACAUGAAGGAGCAAGGGCAAGCCCUGCGAGAGUUCUUUGAUUCUCUCAACGAAGCCAUCAUGAGAUUGGUUGCAGUGAUAAUGUGGUACGCCCCUCUGGGUAUCCUCUUCCUGAUUGCAGGGAAAAUUGUUGAGAUGGAAGACAUGGGUGUGAUUGGAGGGCAGCUUGCCAUGUAUACAGUGACGGUCAUUGUCGGCCUCCUCAUUCAUGCAGUCAUUGUCCUACCUCUCCUCUACUUCCUGGUAACCAGGAAGAACCCUUGGGUCUUCAUUGGAGGUUUGCUGCAAGCACUCAUCACAGCUCUCGGGACCUCUUCAAGUUCUGCCACCCUACCUAUCACCUUCAAGUGCCUGGAAGAGAACAAUGGUGUAGACAAACGUGUCACCAGAUUUGUGCUCCCUGUGGGGGCCACCAUUAACAUGGAUGGAACAGCCCUCUAUGAGGCUUUGGCUGCCAUUUUCAUCGCUCAAGUUAACAACUUUGACCUGAACUUUGGACAGAUUAUUACAAUCAGCAUCACAGCUACGGCUGCAAGUAUAGGGGCAGCUGGGAUUCCUCAGGCGGGCCUGGUCACCAUGGUCAUCGUGCUGACAUCUGUGGGUCUGCCCACUGACGACAUCACGCUCAUCAUUGCAGUGGACUGGUUCCUGGACCGCCUCCGAACCACAACCAAUGUCCUGGGUGACUCCCUGGGAGCCGGCAUCGUGGAGCACUUGUCACGACAUGAACUGAAGAACAGAGACGUUGAAAUGGGAAACUCAGUGAUUGAAGAGAAUGAAAUGAAGAAGCCAUACCAGCUGAUUGCCCAGGACAAUGAAGCUGAGAAGCCUCUGGACAGUGAGACCAAGAUGUAGACUAACACAAAGAGACGCCUUCUUGAGCACCAGCGGUUUGACACCAUUGUGAAAUGUGUCCAUCUCCUUAGGCUCAUUCUCUCCAGUGAGCCCCUUCCCCGCUCUUUUCUCCCCACUCCAAUAGGACUGGAAGGUAUUCACCCCAAAACAAGGGAGGAUUUUGUGGCAGCCAAACUGUAUCAUUUUCAUCCCACUUUUGCAAUUUGAAAAUCAUCUCCUAUUAGUUUCACCUAAUAAGGUAGUAGGAUCAAAAAUCAUCUUGAUCAGGUCUCACAAAUUUAUGUGGAACAGGAUCCCACAAAUGUGACUGUUUUAUAAGUUAAAGAAUCUAACAAAUAAGCCAAAAUAUUUUAAGUCAACUUUCAGAUUACAAAAAUCCUUCAGAACGUUAGCUUCAAAACAUAGCAACUCAAUGAAAAACAAUCAGCUGUCAGUUGGACAGUAGAAGAAUUUUUUUCCCUCUCUCUUCUGACCCGUGUCUUCCUUUUAUUGGGAGGGGGAAAAUAUACAGAUGCAUCCCACACAGCUGUGAGGAGGGGCAGCAAGUGAAAUUUCCAUGCAGCCUUGAGCAACUUGCAUCUCAUCUCUAGGCCUCAGUGUCCUCAUCUGUCCAGUGAAUGACUUCCUUAGAUGCCUUUAUGGUCUUGCUAGCCCAGACUUCCUGUGACAUCACAAAAGAGCCUGCCCUCAGUUUCUCCAUGGAAUACCCUGCACCACAUAUCAGUCAAUGGAGUACAGGGCUCUGAGAAAGAACACUUAAUGGAAGUGAACAUUUCCACACUGGGACAGGAUGGUGUGUGGAUCACCAGCUCUGUAUCCAAAACGUCAGUUCUGCAAGUCAUCAGGUAGAAGGCCAUUCCAGGAGAGGGAUUAUUCAUGCAGCUCUUUGCCUAAUUAUUUCCAACAAGAGAAGUAUCCCCUUUUCUCCUCUCCCCAACCUGAAGGGACUGCUCUGGGGAGGAUGUCUCCCACCACUCAACUGACAAAAAAUCUUUAGGAAAUAAACAGAGUAGCAACUACCAAGCGUGCUCGUGGUCUUGCUAUGGAACACUACAGAGCUAGAGAAGACGUGAUCACGACUGACCUUAAAGAGAGGAUUUUAUCAUACAAGAGGUUAGGUCUUCCUUAAGGAGAAAUAAAGAAGAGCUUCAUUUGGGUCUUUUUUUUUUUCCUAACCUGAAACAUUUUCUCUUUUCAGUUUAGAAUCAUUCCCCCAAGAAACGUACAUACAAAAAUAUUACUUCUUACAUAUUUUUGAAGAAGUCCCAUGAAUGCACUAGUACAGGUCCAUGAAAAUAUUUUUUACUUUAAUCAGGUCUUAGAGAAAUGACAUACUUCUUUGUGUUGAAAUCCCCACUUACUAAAUUAUUCAGAACUUUUAGCUAGAGCAGGGUUUGCUUUAGUUUUGUCCGUGUUCCUAAGAGAUACAGUAGAAGACAAAUCCGUAGAAAGACAAUGUCGAUGAGGUUGCAAAGAAAGAUAGGAGUGGCAUUAGUUCCAGGCAAGGCAGCUCCAGGUUGAAAAGAUUAAUUUUUGUCCCCUAAAAGAAUAUUCAGUCAAAGACACUCAGUAGGAGCCAUCAGACAGUACCAGCUGUGUUUGAGCUUCUGCCGGAAAAUGGUGAAGAAUGGACUUAAUUAUGCUAACAAACUGAAAAUCUAGACCUGCACCCUCUGAUACACAAUUAGAGAUUUUUUAUAGAGAUCUUGAGCACCAUGUGCAUACAAAAGUUAACCUUAGGCUGUGUAGAGUAAUCAUUUAAUGCUGAGGCUCUAUUUGGGAAAUACACUACACAAGUUAAUGUACGAGGCUGCCAUCACACUAGUAGAGCAACAAUUAAUUGUGUCAAAAUAAUUCUGUUACACAGUGUGAUGUUUUUUAUACUAACCGUUUCUUAUGAAAGCAGGUCCUCUAGGGCGAUCCUCUGGCCGGGCGGUCACAAGCUCUGCAUAUACACGUGCCUAGUGUGGACCAAGGGGCGUUACUGUAUAGGUGUAUUUUCAAUAAAGAAAAAAUAGUUUUACAUUAAUA